CCUACAUACAUACCUGCUGGCUUAGGUGCACACACGACACGACACGUAGGUAUAUGUAUAUAUAUCGGCAUGUACCACUUGCUUGCUUGCUUCCUUGCGCAGUGCCGUGCACGCUGCAUUGCGCUGCAUCCUUGUAUGUGCGUACAUACAUGAUAUACAUGCUGUACUCUACAUGCUGUACUCUACGGUAUAUACUUAUCUACCUUCUCGCACACGCGCCGUCUAGUGGUCCACUCAUUCCCCCCAGGCUCCGGGCGUGGAGAAAUACAUACAUACAUACGGUAACCAGCGCAUGUACUCAUCCCGCAUGCAUGGAGCCUCGGCGCCCGCUCUUCCUCCCCAUACCUCCAUACCCCCAUACCCACCCGAUCAGCCCCAUAGCCAUCCGAUCAGCCCGCUGGGGUACAUACAUACGUGCGUUGAUCCGAGGCGUGGAUGGCUCUAUGUAUGUAUAAAGCAUGUAUAUACGGUACAUCUGGCUGGCUGGCUGGUGAUGGCCUGCGGGAUGGGAGGGAGGGAGGGGAGGGAAGCGGAAGGUGGUGG